AAUGAUAUUUUAAUCAAAUUCAAUUUUUUUUUCAUUAUUGUAUUGUCUACUUAAGGAAGAAAUUUUCGCACAAAGACUUCUUAAGAUUCAAAAUAUGUGAAAUCACAUUUAAACAAAAUUCAAUUUUGAUAUUUUAAUAUUGUAAUGUCUACUUAAGAAAGAUAUUUUCAAUCCGUGACCUAAAAGGGACAUUCAAUUUUUAUUUUAAAAUGAAAACAAAUAUCAUUUUUUUUAUCAUUUUUUUCUUUUUUAAUUCAAUACAAAAAGAAAAUUUCAACUUAAAUGUUAUACUUCGUUUUCAAAUCAAAAAACGAAAAAAGAAAUCCAUCUUUUAGCAAAAAAGUACGCUCUCUUUCGCAAACGUUUUUUUCUCUACAAUCCCAAGAAUCCGUGACCAAAAAGGGACAUUUAAUUUUCAUUUUAAAAUAAAAACAAAUUUCAAUUUUUUUAUCAAUAUUUCUUUUUUAAUUCAAUACAAAAAGAAAAUUUAAACUCAAUUUUCGUUUUGCGUUUUCAAAUCAAAAAACAAAAAAGGAACUUCAUAUUUUGGCAAAAAAGUACGCUCUCUUUCGCAGACGUUUUUCUUCUACGAACCCAAGGUUUACUUUGGGUCAUUUGGUGCUAAAAAUCCCAAAAUGUAAUAUCAAUUUCUAAAUUUCUGAUUUUUAAGAGAAUUUUAAAUUUGAAAAUUAAAUCAAAUUUCGUUUAAAUCAAAAAUUGAAUUUUAAGUUUAAUUUUUGAUUUUUAAUUUGAAUCAAAAAUUGAAAUUCAAGUUCAAUUGUUAAUUUUGGUUUAAAUAGAAAAUUGAAAAUUUUUAACUCGUAAAUGCCUAAAAGAGUAACAAAUCAUGUGACAAGUCAUGUGAUAAUUCUGGCCUAUCAGAUCAAUUGACGUGAAGUGUAAAGAGUUGUAUAACAUUCGUAGGAUUCAGUUAAAUGUUCUUUGUCUUACCACAGAAACAGACAUGAAUAAAAUUUUUACUGAAGAAAUUCUUUCUUUUUUUUCUCAAAAAAAAACUUAUGAAGAGAUAAGCAACAUCUUGCAGUCGCGAUAUCCAGGAGAAAGAGGUUAUUCCGUAAAGUCAAUAAAACGGUAUUGUAAAGAAAAUGGAUUGUCGCCAAGGGUUUCACAAGCCCAUUUAGAACAGAUUGUAGCAACGGCAGUUGAAGAAGUAUGUAUAAGACAUUAUUACAUUUACUUCAGUUAUUUUUUAAUAAUUCGGCAUUUCGUUAGAAAAAUAUGAUUUUCUAAGAUUUUUUCAUUUUUACAUUUCUCUACAUUACACAUUUAUAUUGCAGCUUUUCUUAUCGAUUUACCUCCUCGUCUUCUAAGAUAUAAGUAAAGUAGAGAAAACAGCUGUAAAUUUUGUUGCGUGCUUCCUUGAGGAAAAUAUUUUUCAAAGAAAGCGCCACAAAUUUUGUUUCCUGAACUGGCUUGUUUUACUGGAGUAUAUUAAAAAUAUCAGAAACAAAAGUUAAAACUUUUUUUCUUAAUUAAUACUUUUUUCUCUUGCUGAAAUAUUUUUUCUUGAAAAAAAUAUAUAAUUUUCAUUUCUUUGAAUAAAACAGCGUCUUUAUAAAUGAACUCUGUUAUUCACUAUUUUAUGACAUUGACCAAAUUUAUUUAUAUAAGGUUGGUCCAACGUAUGGGAGGAAAAUGAUGACCGGGUAUAUUGCUAAUAGAGACAAUAUACGUGUUAGCCAUAAUAGAGUUGGACGAGCUUUAGCAAAAGCUGCACCCCAAAACCACCAGAGAAGACGCACUGAUACCUAAAUAGAAAUUGUUCUUAACAAAAUUUGUGUUAUGUAUCCAUUGCGAGAAAUCUUGUGGCGCUUUAAGUUCGCUAUGCGGAACCUUUCUGUUCACUGAGCGGGAACCUGCUGUAAGAUUCUUUUUUAAACAUAUUAUCAAAACAUCGACUAAUUAAUCAAUGCACUAAAUUUGCCUUUUCGUUUCGAUCCAACCAAAGCAAUGCGGCGUUUCAAGCGCAAUAUAUUUUCAAAAGAUUAUUUUAGGAAUCUUCCUAAGUCCAAAUCGAUGACAUAUAAAUCUGUAGCUUGAUUCCGAAAUUUUUGAAAUGUUUGAAGAUAUUCUCACACCAGCCUUCUCGCAAAAAGUUUAAAAACUGGCUCACGGUUUAAGCUAGGUGUAAGGGCCCUUCUUCAUUGUAAGUAGACGUAUCAUUAGUUGUGUAAAUCCUUGUCCGCUAAUUAUAAUAAAAAAGUGAUUAUUCUUCAGAAAAAAAAUAAAAUCGAAUUUCCGUUUUUAAUCUAAGUUAAAAAUCAAAGUUGAUUUUCAAUUUUUAAUUUAACUCAACAAUCAAAAAUUUAAUUUAUUUUUUAAAUUUCUAUUUAAAUUACAAUUAUCAAUUGAACUUGAAUUUCAAUUUUUAAUUCAAAUCAAGAAUCAAAAAUUGAAAUUAAAAUUCAAUUUUUGAUUUAAACGAAAUUUGAUUUAAUUUUAAAUUUAAAAUUCUCUUGAAAAUCAGAAAUUUAGAAAUUGAUAUUGCAGUCGCGAUAUCCAGGAGAAAGAGGUUAUUCCGUAAAGUCAAUAAAACGGUAUUGUAAAGAAAAUGGAUUGUCGCCAAGGGUUUCACAAGCCCACAUAGAACAGAUUGUAGCAACGGCAGUUCAAGAAGUAUGUAUAAGACAUUAUUACAUUUACUUCAGUUAUUUUUUAAUAAUUCGGCAUUUCGUUAGAAAAAUAUGUUUUUCUAAGAUUUUUUCAUUUUUACAUUUCUCUACAUGACACAUUUAUACUGCAGCUUUUCUUAUCGAUUUACCUCCUCGUCUUCUAAGAUAUGAGUAAAGUAGAGAAAACAGCUGUAAAUUUUGUUGCGUGCUUCUUUGAGGAAAAUAUUUUUUAAAGAAAGCGCCACAAAUUUUGUUUCCUGAACUGGCUUGUUUUACUGGAGUAUAUUAAAAAUACCAGAAAAAAAAGUUAAAACUUUUUUUCUUAAUUAAUACUUUUUUCUCUUGCUGAAAUAUUUUUUCUUUAAAUAAAACAGCGUCUUUAUAAAUGAACUCUGUUAUUCACUAUUUUAUGACAUUGACCAAAUUUAUUUAUUUAAGGUUGGUCCAACGUAUGGGAGGAAAAUGAUGACCGGGUAUUUUGAUAAUAGAGACAAUAUACGUGUUAGCCAUAAUAGAGUUGGACGAGCUUUAGCAAAAGUGCACCCCAAACCCACCAGAGAAGACGCACUGACACCGCACGAAUGGUUAACCCAAUACCUUAUCGGGCCGAUUACUUUGGUCAUAAAAUUCACUAUGAUCAAAAUGAAAAGCUUGUUAUGUAUUGGGCUACACAUGUCAUUGCCAUUGAUGUUCAUUCUCGCUUCAUUGUCGGCUACUCCACCAUGCCAAUAAAAAACAACGCUCUUAUUUACGAUGAAAUAUACAGUAUAAUUAAAUUCUCGUUACUUUCACUGAAAGACAUAUAGUUUGAAACAUAUAGUUUGAAAGACAUAAAUUUUGUAAAGGAAAAAAGCAUAAAAAGGUUUUGUUGUUCAAAAAACAUUUUCUCAUCACUGAGGGAUAUUUUGUUUAAAAACAAAAUUUUAUAAAUUUUAUAAUCGUUCCCAGCAUCUUUAGCCUAUUUUUUUCUGAUAUAUAGAUAUAUAUUUCAUUUUAAUACUUUAGAAAAGCUGCUAUUGAUUAUGGUAUCUCUCGUCAAGUGCGUACGGACUGUGGAAAAGAUUUUUUUUUAAUUCUUGGAAUCCAGGAACAUUUUCAGCAUCUUCGCGGUCGAUCAGAUAUUUUGCCAUACAAGCAAACCCAAUCAAAGAAGAUGACUUUGAUAAAUAUUUUUUUUCGGUGACUUAAUUUAAAGCUGUAGCAAUUUAUAAUUCUCUACAUAUAUUCAGAACCUCCCUAUCGAAAGAAUUUGCCCAGAGGUGAACUCGCGGGUAAAUUAUCCGGUAAAAAAAAUACUGGUAGAAAUGGACAACAGCAAUACUAUCAAUAUGGAAGAUUAAGUUCAAAAAUUUUGUGUGUCAUCCAUUGUAUGUCUGGUGACUGGUUCUGGUGUCAAUCGAGUUGUUUCAGCGUGGAAUGAACACUCAAUACCAGGUCAAUUUAGUACGUUUUUCAAUAUCUAUUCUCACAAAUUUAUGGGUUAAUAAUGUUAUAUAUAUUAUUUAAGUAGAGGUGUUCCGUCAGUAAUAAAAGAAAAUACUAACAGAUUGACACCUAUUCAGCUGUAUGAACAAGAGUACCGCGGUACUUUGUCGGAAGAACACACCUUCGGCCAGGAUCCGCUUGCAGGAAGACAGCAAAAAUUGGAAGAAAGAGAUCAGAGCUUUUUCGAACAUUUUUCUGUUGAAGAAAUAUUUUCCGAAUGUGUUAACGAACGACCACAAAUGUUGAGAGAAGCUAUCCUUUUUUACAUAAAUAAAACUGUAACCUUAGCCCAAUUGUAACCAUACUCAUGACGUUGUAUGUUAUAACUAACAAAUAUUAAAACUAACGAAAAUGAACGGAAAUAUUUUUUUUAAGAUAACAGUCUGGCUAUUUACAACAUAGAAAAUCCAAAUAGAAGAACAGAGAAAAAACGUUUUUCUUCUUCUCAUUCAUUUCAAACAUAUUGGAUGCGAGCAGACAGGAAGAAGGAAGUUUCUUAUGAAAGAAACAUGACUUGCACGAAAUUACUGCAGUAAGAAGGAAAAUAACCAUCUUUCAGAUAAAUAAUGCCUAAUAUGAAAAAAAAGAUUUAAUUUAAUGUAGAUUUUGCUAACUGUUGGGUAAAUUAAUUUUAAACAUAUUUGAAACGCAUAUCUGCUUAUUCGUGAUAUUACAGUUAAGUAUCCGCAAUCGGCUGAAUUUAUAAAAAAAGACAGACAAGCGGAAUCGUUUGAUCUUAUGGCUAAAAAAUAAUGAAUGAAGCCAUGGCAUGCUAUAAAAAUAGAGCUCUAAAUUUUUUCAUUAAUUGCAAAAUUUUGCCCGGAAAACACAGAUAGUCGCCAUGGAGAGCAUCACAUUUUUUAAAAAUGGUGAAGAAAAUUUAACAUUUACAAUUCGAAAAUGCCAGGCUAAUGCUUCUAGGCUAGCCAUUGUUUUUAAGGUACGCAAUUUUUUUUACCUAAUUUGUAUUUUUAAACUCAAGAAUUUCUUGAUUUUUAAUCCUUAUUGACAAAAUAUUUUUAAAUUUGAUGAAAUCACUCAGCUCUGAUAUGUUACGUUUUUAUUCGUAGUAAUAAUACUAGAAUCCGUUUACAUAAGUGAAGAAUUCGGGGCUAUAGACUUCCAGAACGAAGAUGGCACGUUUUCCGCCAUAGAGCGAGCUAUGGAGCACGAUCGAUUCGAGGUUUUCAGUGACAAUGCUUCUCCGCAACAUCCUACACCGCCAGUAUCAGCCCCUGCGCUAUCGCCUGUGCCAUUUGGGGCGUUCCGGCGAAUAUCUUCAAGUCCUUCUCAACCACUACCACAUUCGUCGUCGCCACUACCGUCAUCUUCUUUUUCGUCUCCGUUGCCAACGCCGAGAAAACGAAAAUCAGAUGGAUUUAUCAUAAAAGUCUCACUGGCAAACAUGAUAGGGAAAAAAGUUGGUGAAAUUUCAAGAAUGCAAUACUUUUCACUGUCGCCAACCAAUGCAAAUGUCCCAGCGAUCAUUAGCCUUGCAGAAGAGGGAUUCGGUGUACAGCCAUUAAUACUUGUACACGCAAAUGGUCUUCAAAUGGAAGACACUGCUGCUACUCGUGACAAUACAUUUUGGCGAUGCAGUGCGAGAAAGAUUUUUGCCGUUAAACGUGAAGAAUUCGUCGGAACUUCUUACCGAUUGACUGAUGGUGAUAAUCAUGUGAGAGAAAGUAUUGACGAAAUAAAGACCAUGUUGCAAGAAAAUAUAUUGCUACCAAGAGAUGUCGGAGCAUUGCUGAAAUCAACGCUACUCAUUGAGUCUUUAAAAGAAACAUUCAAGUGGGUUGUGUGUCAAGACAUAAGUGCUUCACCAAUAGCAAUUUCAAUGUGUUGCAAACAAGUACUUGGAUGCUCCACGUGUGUAGAUCAAUGGACGGAAUUACGAUGCCCCUAUUGCCGUAACGAGUUUUACGAGACCGUUACGGUCAAUGUUUUUGAAAAUAUCUUAGCAAUUUUAAACAAUUUGUAAUUUUUUUAUAUGUGCAUUUAACUUUUUUAUUCUAAAAAAAAUGUUUCUUAUCCUUACUAUCCUUACUAGUAAAA